AUGGCUUCGGAAUUGAAAGCGAACGAGCCUAAUGUGGCUGUUUGGAGGGAGACUGUUACGGAUUUCACUGCGGGAGCGGCUGGUGGUGCUGCUCAGGUCUUGAUCGGCGAGUACCAUUUACUAUACAAUUCGUAUGACCAGCCAUUUGACCUAGUCAAAGUCCGACUACAAACCCAAAACGGAGGCAAUACCUUGCCAACCGCUCGCAACAUCUGGGCCAAAGAAGGGCCUUUGGCAUUUUAUAGAGGCACUCUUAUGCCGCUGUUAGGUGUUGGGGCUUGCGUCAGCAUUCAAUUCGGUGCCUUCCAUGGGAUCCGACAAGCCAUUGAGUCCUACAAUACAGAUAAGCGCCCAGGGCAUGAUUCAACCCUAUCCAUACCGCAAUACUACCUCGCCGGUGCAGGAGCCGGACAUCAUCUCGGUCCAGUAGAACACAUCCGUAUCCGCUUACAAACGCAACCUCAUGGAGCAGCCAGAAUAUACAACGGACCCUUGGGCUGUGCUCUCAAGCUCAUCGGUACCGCCGGCAUUGCCAGUAUCUAUCGCGGACAGGCAGUAAUUCUCCUCAGAGAAAUCCACGGCUACGGAGUGUGGUUGGCAGCAUACGAGGGUCUCAUCGCAUUAUGUGGAGGACUUGCGGGGGAGGCGCUCUGGCUACUGAGUCAUCCAUUGGACGUGCUCAAGAGCAAGAUGCAAAGCGAUGGAUUUGGGGCUGAGAAAAAACACCGCAACAUGAGAGAUGCUUUUCGGCAUACUUAG